UCUGGGAAAAUCUCCAGGAUGGAGUCCCUGGUUAAACCGGCGGCUCUCCUCCUCGCACUUUGGUGCUGCUGCUGCAGUGCUCAACAACGCGUUGACUACAUAUCUCCGAAUGCAGGCAGCUUCAAUGGAGCAACACGACUCACCAUUUCCGGAGACGGUUUUGCCCAGGAGAAACAGUUCCAGCUAAAUCCAAAAGAUGACACAUUUGGCAACCGUGUGACCCUGGUGUCAGAUACCCUGUCAGUCCCCUGUGAUGUGGAGAGAGACUCAACACACGGCAACCGGAUCAUGUGUUACACCAGAGCCAUGCCAACUGGUCAGUACAUGGUCCGUGUCAGUGUGGACGGUGUUCCCAUUCCUGAUAGAUAUUUGUGUGGAGGCGUGGUGUACAGAUCAUACCAGUGCAGCUUCAAUCCUGUCUUGUAUCGCACACCUACUAUCUACUCUCUGAGUCCAGUCAGUGGUCCCCCAGGCACCUUGGUGACACUGCGAGGACGUAUCUUCUCUGAUGUGUAUGGAAGCAACACUGACACAAGCUCCAACGGCCUCAAUGUCAGAUUUCUGAGAGCCUACAUGGGAGGGAUGCCAUGCGAGCUGCUUAAACCACAGUCAGAUGAACUAUAUGGCCUACAACUGGACUAUAAAUACUCUCAGUGGGGAUACAUGAGCUGCAAAAUGACGGGGACGUAUGUUGGGCAUCACAACUUGAGUUACAUUCUUGAUAGUGAUUAUGGAAGGAGUUUUUCAGAAAAGAACCUGUACAGGGUUUCAGCUUUGGGCAAGCUCUCCAUGUUUCAGACCUUUGCAGAAGUGACAGGAGUCUCCCCAUCCAUGGGCAGUGUCCUGGGUGGAACCCUGUUGACCAUCUACGGCCGCUUCUUCGACCAAACCGAUCGGCCAGCACGUGUUCUCGUGGGAGGCCUGCCUUGUGAAAUCCAGAGUGUGUCGGAUGACAGAAUUACUUGCAGAACCAAAAAACACGAGAUGAACAACAAGCUGACAGUCUACCCAGGUGGAAGAGGCUUGAAGAUGGAGGUGUGGAACAAAACACUAUCCUCAUACCUGACGGACAUUUGGAGCUACAAUGAAAACACAACUGGAUACUGGACACAGUGGAUCGACUCCAUGCCCCACGUCUUAGCAUUGGAAAAUAAUUAUUUCAGCUCACGAUCCAGGGGCUUCCUUGUUCCUCCAGCCAGCGCCAACUACACAAUAUACCUCAGCUGUUAUUACCAAUGUGAGCUCUACCUCAGCAACUCCAGUCGCCCAGAAGACAAGGUUAAAGUUGCGUACCAGACAAGUUUUGUCAAAUUGGCUCUGGAGGAAGGAAAACCUUACUACAUUGAAAUACUACAUCAAGGAUAUGCCGGUGCAGCUAGUGUCAACCUCGCCAUUUUCCAAGAGGAGAGUUCCUUUACAGAAGACCAGGCAGACGGUGCUGUCAAUGAGGUUCAGGAUAUCGAGGUUAAAUAUGACGUGUUCGAUGAGGAACAGGUGGUAACCUUUGGGUCCUGGCCCAGAAAUGUCACUGCAGUUAAAGAGGUCCAGAAGGUUACUGUCAGCAGCUGUGACAGCAAUCUUUGUGGGAGCACCUUCUUCAGCCUCGGCUACGAAGAUGCAAUGACAGGACCAAUUCCCAUCAGUGCCUCAGCAGCUAUAGUGGAGGCCUCCUUGAACAGCCUUUGGUCCAUCAAACCAGACAAAGUCCAGGUCACCAAAGAGGUCGAUAACCAAGAAUCUCACUACACCGUCACAUUUGAUUCUGACAGAGGGGAUUUUAAACCUCUUCACUGGGAAGUUUUUGGCUCUGACACUAACAUCACUGUUGCUGAGGUAACAAAGGGGAGAAGCAACACGAAGACCUUCACUCUGCUCUGGGGGGGAAUCCCUACAAAGCCCAUCGCCUUCAAUGCAACUGAGUCUGAGGUGCGGUCAGCUCUAGUGGACAUGAUGAAACCUGAGUGUCCUGAUGAGAUCCUGACCCCUGAAGGGACUAAUGUGAAAUACUUCAAAGACUUUGAAAAUGACAACCCUCAGUUCAAUAGUGUAAUAGGGACUCCAGUGAAAAACGCUUUCUGUGGCCUGUGGUCGCUGAAGAACGUAGAGGUACUUUUCAAGUACAGUUACAUCAACGAGUAUGGUGUGAGCUACGGACCAGUUUCUUUGGACAAUUUUCCAACGCUUUGCUUUGCAUACAAGGGAAUGUUGAAGGAUGAAGUUGGAAUGAAGUUCACUUACCGCGACAGCCAAGGCAACACCCAGACAGAGACGGCGAAGAUCAACACUCUCUUCACCAAGGGCCAAGGAUGGAGUUACAAAUGCAUGGAUCUGCAGAGUUCCCUGCAGACAGAAUACAUAGGAAGCAGUUACAGUCUGCAGGAGUUUUACCUCUACAAAGACGUCUCUGGUGCAGAUUUCUAUGUGGAUGCCGUUUACAUCGGAAAGACACCCACCACAGUUGAUGAAAAUGCUGUUCCCCAGAAGAGAAGGCCUCCACCCUUUGAAAGCUCUGGUCGUUCUUUCGAGGUGAUCGCUGUUAGCAAAGCCCAAUCAACUGCUUCACAGAUCAGCUACACGAUCAAAGCCACACCACUUGAAUGUGCCUUUGAUUUCCCACUGAUAGAAGUUGGCUUCUUGGAGAUGUCCAACAGCAGCGAGGACAUGGCUGAGUACAGAGAAGGAGCAGCCACCAUCAGGAUCACUCGCCCUCACAGAGCCACCCCUCCUCUGAACGGCACCUUUGAUGUGGGGAUUUAUGGAGGCCGAGCUGAAGGUCUGCCAGUGGACAUCAGUGAGAAGGACCUGAAGUACGCUCUGGAGGGAAUCGCAGGGAUGGGUCAGGUCAGCGUCACAUGGCAGGGAAGCUGCAGAAGGGCCAAGUGGACGGUUAAGUGGCUCACCAAACCUGGAGACCAGCCUCUGAUCCAGGUUGACGGCUCGUCGGUUGUCGGAAAUAAUGCAGUUGUUUUAGCACUUGAGAAAGUAAAGGGAGGAUUGUUGAGGCGCAGCAUGACAGGAGAUUUCUUUCGAGUCUGGGAAACCAAAGCACAGGUGGAGGUUUACAUCAACGGCAUUCCCUCAAAGUGCUCUGGUGACUGUGGGUUCGAAUGGUCUGACAACAAGACUCCAGUUGUGACUGGAAUCAGUCCAUCGCAAGGGUCUAAUGGCCUGGGCACUCUGUUGACUGUCACUGGAACUGGCUUCGGUAGUGAGAAUGCCUCCAUCAUUGUGGGAAAGACCCGAUGCCUUGUUGAACAGAUCACCGCUACCACUCAGGUGUGCAGACUGGGCAGCGCCAGUGCUGGUUCCUACCCCGUGUUCAUCGGCUUCCCCUCUCUGGGUGAUUCCCGAUCCACAGGAGGCAACAUCUUCCACUUCACCUACCAGCUCAUUGUUUCCUCUUUCUCUCCGCUCUCUGGAAGCGUGGCAGGAGGCACGCUGCUGACAGUGAGAGGUUUCGGCUUCAGCCAGAACAGCACAGUUACUGUCGGCAGUGACGAGUGCACCGUGGUUCAUGCCAGUGACACUGAGCUGAAAUGCAGAACGCCGGCAGGGACUGCGGGAUCCCAGAAUAUCACAGUGAUGGUGGGAAACAUGAGUCAGACAGCCGCCAGCUCCUUCACAUACGAUACUAAUCUUACAGCCCAGAUCUCAGGCCUGAGUCCCCGCACCACCACUGUGAUUGGACAUGAAGUUCUCACCAUCCAGGGCUCAAACCUGGGAGGCCAAGACAAUGACAGCAUCGUGUUGGUUGGCGGGGAAGAGUGUGUGACUGUGCAGUGGGCGGCGACGAGCAUCACCUGCCUUCUCCCUGUGCUGCCGCCUGGCGUUUACAUGGUGGAUGUGCAGGUUGGAAACAAUGGCUACCCUCAGACAAGCAACGGUGUAAACGCCACCAUUGAAUACAUCCUGGAAGUCUACAGCAUCUCCCCACUGCUCGGCUCCUUGAUGGGAGGAACCAGGCUGACUGUUUCUGGAUCUGGUUUCAGCAACAACACCUCUGACAACAAAGUCUCCUUUGGAGGAGUUCAGUGUGAAGUGAUGGCCGCCUCAGAGAAUGAACUGCAGUGUGUUAUGCAGUCAGACCAGAAGACCCACGUCGUCACCAAUCAGGGAUUCGACCGCACUUAUGGAGAGGGGUUUGCAUGGAGCCCUGCCUCACUUCCGGUGUUUGUUGGAGACACGGUUGUGUGGCGUUGGGAGGCACCAGCCUUCCAGAUAGUCAGGUACCGGGUCUUCAGUGUUUCCAGCCCGGGCAGCACCACCCACGAAGGACCAUUCAACAGCGGAGAGACCAAGACACCCAAAGGUUUUUUUUUUUUUUUUUUUUGCUCACCGGGGUUUCGAUACGUGCAUAUUACUGCAUCUGGUGUUUUGUAUUACUACAGCAGUGGCUACGUAGAUGAUGCCAACGUCAGACUGCUGCAGGGAGUCGUGAAAGUCGUGGCUCGGGAGGAGAUUAGCAGCAAAGUCUCUGUCAGCGUGGGAGGCAUGGAGGCCAGACACAUGACAGGUUUACAUCCUGUCUCCACAGCAGCCCCACAGUGCGUCGCCUCCCCACACUGCCCUCAGACCAACGAGACCUCAGACGGCCUUUCCUUCAGCGUCAUGGCCUGCUCCACCCCCACAGUCCACUCCAUCUCUCCCAACCAGGGAUCAUACCACCAGAUCAUCCACAUUCAGGGAAAUGGCUUCAGCGACACUGCCUGCGCUAAUGAGGUGACAGUGGGAGAUCAGCCCUGUCAGGUGUUCAACAGCUCUUACUCUGAGAUCAAAUGCCAGCUCAGCCCGGAAAGCGAACUACCCAUCGGUGUUGCUCUCCCCGUAGCCGUCCGAGUCAACAACCUCGGCAGCGCCAUCAUCGCCGUACCAGACGAGCUCGGCCGCCGUUUUGUGGUUCUGCCUGUGGUCGACUCGGUCUCGCCUCCUAUCGGCAGCCCCACCGGCCACACGCGGCUCCUCAUCCACGGCUCUGGUUUCUCUGGAGGACAAGUGACUGUAGCCAGCGAGCCGUGCUCCGUCGUGUCAGUCAGUUACACUUGGGUUACCUGUGACACCUCUCCUUCUCAGCCACACGAUGGUGAUGUCGUCUUCUACAUGGGCAAGAUCCAAAGCUCCUGUCAUUCAAACUGCUCCUUCGAGUACUCCUCCUCCGUCACUCCCACGGUCUCCAGUAUUUCCCCCGGCAGCAUCAGCAACCUAACCACUGUCACCAUCUCUGGCUCAGGGUUUGGCAGCAGUGUGGAUGACGUGGCAGUCUUUGCCAGCACCUCAGAGCUGGAAGUCAUCGCCGUGACUGAUGACAACAUUACGCUGAGCGUAAACGCUCUGCCUGCGGGCGACCACCCAGUCAAAGUAAUUGUGAGAAGCAAAGGCCUUGCGUCCGGUUCUGUCACCCUGAACAGUCGUGCCCAGGCUGCCCUCCACCCAGAUGUGGGCAGCCUGGCAGGAGGAACCUCUCUUGUCUUCACUGGAAACGGCUUCGCUCCAGGGAACACCAGCGUGAUGGUCGGUGGCAGACCCUGCCAGAUUCAGGAGGUGACGCCGGGGCGGCUUCGUUGCCUGACGCCUCCUCACACUGAGGGGCUGGUGACCGCUAACAUCCAGGUCUUUUCGGUGCAGUAUCCUCCUCUCAACUUCACCUACUCUGCAGCCCACACUCCUGUCAUCAGCUCCAUCAGCCCCCCCACUGGGCCGAGCGGUGCAGUCAUCACACUGACAGGUUCAGGAUUUGACAACGACUCCCAGCACAUCUCCGUCACCAUAAACCAAGUCCCGUGUGUCGUGUCUGCCGUCUCCAACACGCAGGUUCAGUGCACUGCAGGAGACAACCCAGGGGGGGCGUACCCAGUCAUGCUGCAUCACCAGGUCAAAGGUCACGCCCAGUCAGGUGUCAUGUUCACGUAUGAGCUGACUCUGAGCAGCGUGCAGCCCAAUGAGGGCAGUUAUGGUGGCGGCGCUCUGCUGUUGGUGCAGGGUUCUGGGUUCGACCCACACAGCUCCACUGUGAGGAUCUGCGGGGAGGAGUGUGAAGUUCACAGAGAAAUGUCCACAUCGACCUGUCUGUACUGCCAGUCUCCAUCCAUCAAUGGCACUCUGUCGGUGCUGAGCUGCGUGGUUGACGUCAUUAACCAGCUGGAUGCCGUCAACAUAUCAAAUGGCUACACCUACAAAUCUCAAUUGACUCCGGUGAUCAUGGAUGUUUCUCCACGGAGAGGAGGCACCGCUGGAGGCACCCGGCUUACAAUCACCGGUUCCGGUUUCAGCACCAACAUGAAUGAAGUCAACGUGACCAUCUCAGGAUCUGUGUGUGACAUUCAAUCCACCAACAACACACACAUCGUCUGUGUGACGAACGCUCAGCACCAGUCUCAGGAAACCAAAGUCAGAGUCAGCAUCGGAAACCGAGGCAUCGCCAAGAUGGAUAAGGCACACUUCUUCUACAUUGACGUGUGGUCAUCCAGGUUCACGUGGGGAGGUCUGUCUCCACCCGAGAAGGGCUCGUUUGCCGUCAUCACUGAAGGCCAGACCAUCCUGCUGGACACCAGCACCCCUGUGCUGAAAAUGCUCCUCAUUCAAGGAGGGACGUUGGUGUUUGAUGAAGCGGACAUCGAGCUGCAGGCAGAAAACAUCCUGAUCACAGACGGUGGACGGCUCCAGAUCGGCCAGGAGGGGGCGCCAUUCCAACACAAGGCCAUCAUCACACUUCAUGGACACCUGCGCUCCCCUGAACUUCCUGUUUAUGGAGCCAAGACGCUGGCUGUCAGAGAGGGAGUGCUGGACCUGCAUGGUAUUCCAAUUCCUGUCCCCUGGACCCACUUGGCCCAGACGGCAACCAGCGGCUCCGUCACACUGACUCUGAUGAAGGCAGUGACAUGGAAAGCUGGAGAUGAAAUUGUCAUCGCUUCCACCGGCCACAGGCACAGCCAGAGAGAGAACGAGGUGAGGAGGAUUGCCGCCGUGUCGGCUGAUGGCAAGAAUGUAACCCUGACCGAACCGCUCAAGUACACUCACCUCGGGGUGACCGUCACGCUGCCCGAUGGUACGGUGUUUGAGGGCCGAGCUGAGGUGGGUGUCCUCACCAGGAACAUUGUUGUACGAGGCUCCCAAAACCAAGAAUGGGACGACAAGAUCGAAGCCUGCCCCGAUGGCUUUAACACAGGUGAAUUCGCCACCCAAACCUGUUUCCAAGGACGGUUUGGGGAGGAGGUCGGCAGCGAUCAGUUCGGAGGUUGCAUCAUGUUCCACGCACCAAGACCAAAUGAGAAUCUUGCAAUCGGCAGACUGGAAUAUGUUGAGGUCUUCCAUGCAGGACAGGCCUUCAGGCUGGGACGUUAUCCCAUCCACUGGCAUCUGAUGGGAGACAUCAACUACAAGUCAUAUGUGCGAGGUUGUGCUAUCCAUCAGACCUUCAACAGGGCCGUAACCAUUCACAACACUCACCGGCUGCUGGUGGAGCACAACGUUAUCUACGACAUCAUGGGUGGGGCCUUCUUCAUCGAGGACGGCAUUGAGACGCAGAACAUCCUGCAGUACAACCUGGCUGUGUUUGUCAAGCAAAGCACCAGCCUGCUGAACGACGACGUCACUCCUGCAGCCUACUGGGUCACUAAUCCCAACAACAUCAUCCGCCACAACGCUGCCGCAGGGGGCACCCACUUCGGCUUCUGGUACCGCAUGCACGAGCACCCUGAUGGCCCUUCCUUUGACCAAAACAUCUGCCAGAAGCGGGUUCCCCUCGGUGAGUUUUACAACAACACCGUUCACUCUCAGGGCUGGUUUGGCCUUUGGAUCUUCGCAGACUUCUUCCCCGUGAAGAACGGAGCCUGCUACUCCCAAACCCCUGAGCCAGCUGUCUUCCACUCUCUCACAACCUGGAACUGUGAGAAAGGUGCCGAGUGGGUCAAUGGUGGAGCCGUGCAGUUCAACAGCUUCCUCAUGGUCAACAAUGAGAAAGCCGGUAUUGAAGCCAAGCACAUCAUGCAGUGGGCUGUGAGCAACUUCGGAGAGGAAGGAGGGGCGACCAUAUCCAACAGCACCAUUGUGGCCUAUGUAGACGAGCUCGGACUUGGAAAUGACUACAGCACGCGACGAGGUAUCAUCGCGCCACCGGACGAUGGUCUGAGUGUCCUUAACACCAAGUUCAUCAACUUCAACAGUAGUUUAAGCGCAGCCAUCGGGGUAGCCUCAAUCGAUGGGAGGUGUGGGGAUCAGUGUGGUGGCUGGGCUGUCAGGUUUAGCGGUAUCCAGUACUUCAAUUCACCCAACAAGGCUGGCUUCAGGUGGGAGCAUGAGGUGCAGCUGGUGGACACUGAUGGCUCCCUCACAGGAAACAUCAACCACACAGUCGUGCCUUCGAGCCCCUUGCUGGACCCCGCUCACUGUUCCGUGAGUGCCGAGUGGAGCGUAGGUUUCCCCGGCACUGUGUGCGACCACACCGUCAACUUCCAUCGUUUGUGGAUCUACUACUCAUCACCGUCCUCUCUGGUCACGUUAACCAACUCACAUGGCGCCAGUGUGAUUGGCCUGAGAAUAGCCUUGCUGCCCUCUAAACAAAUCUACAACUGGAACUUUUACAAUAUGGAUCAAAUCACCUACAUCUAUUAUUAUGCCGUGUUCUACGGCUUCAAGUCCGAUCAAUAUGUGAUCAUCAACCACAACUUCGCCCAGAGUCCAGACAAAUUCCAUAUCAUCGAUUGGAGGAGCGGCUCAUCGACACCGCUGAGCUUCAGCAACAACACGAAUGGAGACUGGUACUUCAACAAGACCUCCAACAACCUCUCCUACAUCGUAUCUGGGAAGACGAGCCAGCGCACGCGUCUUGGCAGCAUUGACCCCUCCAUGAUGGACAUCGCGGUGAACUUGGUGGUCUACCGCUGCUUCUACCCCAACUGCAUCGAACCACCUCCAGCCACACUCCCCCCCUUACCCACUCACCUGCCUGGCAACUUCACUGAGACUUUUAACCAGACCUACGUUAGGCCAAAGCGUCUGUGGUCUGAUGCCUCUUUCUGGAACAGUUCAGCUGAAAAUAACUUUGCUGUACCAACAGAGGGCUCUGAUGUGGUCAUCCCAGCAGUGGAGUGGGUUGUUUUGGACAUCAACACUCCUCCCCUCAACAAGCUGACGGUCAUUGGAGUUCUUGAAAUCCCCGACAACAUGAACAGCUCGUUCUCCAGACAGGCUCAGGCUGCUCCUGAAUACAGAACUGUGGUGGUAGACGCCGUCUACAUCUCCAUCCAGGGCGGCAGGCUGAUCGCAGGACGGGCUGACGAACCAUUCAGAGGUCAGCUGCACAUCAAACUGAGAGGGAACCACCGCACGCCUGACUGGCUUCUGCCUAACGGACCCAACCAGGGAUCCAAAGUCCUGGGUGUGUUUGGUACGCUGGAGCUCUACGGACAACCUCACAACGUUUACCACACCAAACUGGCUGCCACUGCUGACGCUGGAUCCAACACUCUGAUCCUGUCGCAGUCUAUGGACUGGCAGGUUGGAGACGAGGUCGUCAUCUCCACCACCAGCUACAACGCGUUGGAGACAGAAAAACGUCAGAUCACCACCGUGUCAGCAGAUGGCCGUAAUCUGACCCUGAACCAGCCUUUGACCUACACUCACAUUGGUGAGACUCACUCCGUCUCUGGUACAUCAUUCUCCUACACUCUGGCGGCUGAUGUUGGUCUCGUGACCAGAAACAUUAAGAUCAUCGGUCAGGAGUAUCCAGAUAUGAUUACGGAGUCGUUCGGAGCCAGACUUUUGGUGGGCACCUACUCGUGGGCCGGAAUCGUAUAUAAAGGCAAGGCUCAGAUCAGGAACGUGGAGUUCUUCCGCUCUGGUCAGGGUGGCUGGACCGACUACACCGACCCUCGUUACUCUGUGGCAUUCCUCAACCUGGGAGAGGUUUCAGAAAAAGACUCGUACAUUCAGGGUUGUGCUUUCCAUGAUGGCUUCUCUCCAGCCAUCGGAGUCUUUGGGACGGACGGACUGAACGUUGAUGAUAACGUUGUCUACCGCACUGUGGGAGAAGGUUUCAGAAUUUGGGGCAACAAGAUAAAACUGAGGAGGAACCUGGUGAUGAUGACUGGAUACAGAGAGCAGCCCGUCAACUACGCCUGGAACGCUGCCAUUGAGGUCAAUGAGGGGACAAACGUUAUGCUGCAGCAUAACAUUGUGGCAGGUUACGAGAGAGUCGCUUAUCGUAUCGAUGGUGAACCAUGUCCAGGUUAUAUGAACAAGAAUGAGAAGUGGAUUCACAAUGAGGCUCACGGCGGUCUGUUCGGAGUCUAUCUGAACAAAGACGGUUUGCCCGGCUGCAGCCUCAUCCAGGGCUUCUUCGUCUGGAGGAGCUUUGACUAUGGCAUCUACUUCCAGACCAUCAUGGAUGUUAUUGUUUCCAACGUGACCCUGGUGGACAACGGGAUGGGCAUCAUGCCUCUCAUCUUCGCUCCUCCUUCUCUCUCCCACGCGUAUGCAGAUAAAACUGCACAUAUUCAGAAUGCCUUGAUUGUUGGCAGCAGCCCGAGUUUCAACUGUUCAGACACUUUGCCCAGCAGUGACAUUAAUAUGGUCAUCAGCAAAGCCCAUCGAGCCCCAAGGCCUCUCAAAGGUGGCAGAUCUGGAAUCUGUUGGCCAACUUUUGGAUCUGCACACAACAGUGCUCCAAUAAAUCCCCAUCAUGUGAACAACAACUACAACGCCAUCAAAGGACUGAUGAAAGUCAUAGACACGACAUUCGUUGGUUUCCGAAACGUCUGCUCCAGCGAGACUAACUUCAUGUUCAUCACCAACCCGAUCAACGAGGACCUGCAGCACCCUGUGCACGUUUCAGGCAUAAUGAUGAUCAACAGCACAGAGCAGGCCAGAGUCUUCGUCCACAGGCCUGAUGUGAGUAAAGCGAACCCAUCUGACUGUGUGGACAUGGACUGCGACGCGAAGAAGAAGACCUUGUUGAAGGACUUGGACGGUUCAUUCCUGGGUGCAGUGGGAGCUGUGGUGCCUCAGUCCGAGUAUGAGUGGGGAGGUGAUCCCAGGAGAGGGCUGGGCGACUACCGCAUCCCAAAAGUCAUGCUCACUUUCCUCAACGGCAGCCGCAUCCCGGUGAACCAGAUUGCUCCACAGAAAGGUGUGAUCAGGAAAGACUGCACUUACAUGAGUUCCUGGCAGAGCUACAAGUGUUUCGGGCUGAACUACAGGAUGCUGGCGAUUGAGAGUCUGGACUCUGACACAGAGACCAGACGUCUGUCCCCUGUCGCUGUGCUCGGAGACGGCUUUUUGGAUCUGAUCAACGGUCCUCAGGACCACGGUUGGUGUUCAGGCUACACCUGCCGGAAGAGAGUGUCUCUCUUCCACAGCAUCGUGGCCACCGGUCGCUCCUUCGAGGUCUUCUUCACCAGUACUAGCCCUCAGAAACUUCGCCUCAUGAUGCUCAACGCUGAUCCAUCUGAGAGCGUCAUGGUGUCAGUCUUCUACUCCAAGCCGCAGCGGUUGGAUGUGUAUGUAAACAACAAUCUAAUUGCCCCAACUAACGUUCAGUGGAACGCUGACAACACUGACUACACCCUGAAGAAGCCCAUCUAUGCAGAUCAAUACGUCCCCCAAUUGAACGCCACUGUGGGCUCCAACUACUUUGACCGGGACUACAAGAUGUUGAAGGUCGUACUGAGAGGCACCCAGCCAGUGGAGAUCCGAACUUCCCCGCUUCUCUUCAUCUCCUUUGAGCUGCCCGCCAUGACUGAGGAUCAGUUCUUCGGCAAAAGCCUGAUCCAGAACCUUGCUGCUUUUCUCAACAUUCCCCCAAAUAUGAUCCGAAUCACUAAUAUCAUCCGGGGGGAUGGAGGCGCACGGCGCAGGAAGAGAGCUACGAGCCUGAAGGUGGAGGUGGAGAUCAGGAAACCUCCAGUGCAGCAAACCACCAACAGCACCAACAAUGAGGAGGACUUUACGUUGUUGAAGAGCAUCGCUGAUGGUCUGGGUCAGGCAGCAGUUUCCGGAAACCUCAGUCAGUCCAUCGGCUUCAACGUCUCUUCGAUGGGCAUCAUCCGGCCUCCUCCCCCAUUAUCUGACCCCAGCUGGAAUCAGGAGGCCACAGCAGAAGUGACGAGGGAGGAGCCUACAGUGAGCUACGUGUCCAGGUUGUACAAUCUGCUGCUGAUAGAGGAGCCGAUAGCCGGAGAGUCUGUGGGUCCUCUGUACCAGCAGCCCAGUCUCAUGGCUGUGGAUCAGCAGGGUAACUGCGUCUCUGUGGGAGUGACAACUCUCACCGUAACAGCCAGCCUGAAGAACUCCAGCGAUAACAGCGUAGACGGACUGGAAGGAAACACCACCAUCCUAUUCAGCACCUGCUGGGCAAACUUCACCGACCUGUCCAUUCAAAACACCGGUAAGGACCUUACCAUGGUCUUCACUCUGAAGGAGUGGGGUGUCCAGUCACGCGCCUUCUCCGUUAAAAGCACUUCAGGUACUCCGACUCCAUCCACUCAGACUCCAUCCACUCAGGCUCCGUCCACUCAGGCUCCAUCCACUCAGGCUCCAUCCACUCAGACUCCAUCCACUCUGUCCACAAACCAACCACAGGCCACUACCAGCAAGAGCACCUUAAGCUCCAGCUCAACCGUGUCUGCCGGCAGUCUGUGUCUGGUCAGCAUCAUGUACGCUGUGGCCUGCUUCUUAGAUGGCACCCCCAUAUGUUAAAUAGUUCUGUGACAUUAAGAGGGUUUUAUGAAGGACACCUCAACAUGAACAAGUCUGCUAAAUAAAAAAAUGUAAUCCUUAAAUAUAUUAUGCACAUGGGUGGUUUUUCUUUUCCUGUGGUCAAUUUGUAUUAAGAUUUUUUUAAUGAUUGGGAUGGGGUUAAAAUAUAAUUUUUUUUCGUUCUGGUGUUGUAUUAUGUGUGAAUGUCUGUUAGAUAUGAUAACACUUUGAGUGUAAGAUCCAUAUAGGUUUUAUAUUUUAAAACAGACUGACUGUAACAAGAUGAAGGAAAAUAUGAAGAUUGCA